CCGAAGGCGAAGCGUUCUUUUCCCCUUUGGGACGCGGGAUUCCCUCGCCGCCGCCGCCGCCGCCGCCGCCGCCGCCGCAGUGACCACCUCGCUCGCCGGCGGACUCGAUUGGCUCACCGGCGGCGACGGAGGAGGAGGAGGCAUCUGCGGCGUUCGGCGCGACCCCGGAGAUGGAGGGGUUCCUCUGCGACCGCCUGCUCGACGCGGCGCAGCCCAUCGCCGAGCGCUUCCGGGCGCUCUUCUCCCUCCGCAACCUCCGCGGCGACGCCCCUCGCCGCGCCCUCCUCCAAGCUGCAAGGGACUCUUCAAACUUGCUUGCCCAUGAGGCUGCAUUUGCACUAGGACAAAUGCAAGAUGCUGAGGCUAUCCCUGCAUUAGAGGCAGUUCUCAAAGAUCUUUCACUUCAUCCAAUUGUCCGACACGAGGCUGCGGAAGCGCUUGGAGCUAUUGGCCUGGAAAAGAGCAUUUCCCUGCUGGAGGAGAGUUUAGCUGUUGAUCCUGCCGUGGAAGUUCAAGAAACAUGUGAGCUGGCUAUUAGACGGAUAGAAGAGCAAAAGAAUACUAGUGGAGUUGAAAGUGCAACUGUUUCACCUUUUCUCUCAGUUGAUCCAGCACUGCCUGCAAAGCAAGGACUUCCAGUAGAACAACUAAGGGAGCUUCUUCUCAACGAGCAAGAAAGCAUGUAUGAACGUUAUGCAGCUCUCUUUGCACUAAGGAAUGACAGUGGAGAUGCUGCUGUUUCUGCUAUUGUUGCUGCUCUAGGCGUCAAAAGUGCUCUUCUACGCCACGAGGUUGCUUAUGUGUUAGGCCAGCUACAAAACAAAGCUGCUUCAGAUGCACUUUCCACUGUCCUGAAGAAUGUUGAUGAGCAUCCAAUGGUCAGGCAUGAAGCUGCUGAGGCCCUUGGUUCAAUUGCAGAUCAGGAAAGCAUUGCACUUCUGGAGGAGUUUGCAAAGGACCCUGAGCCAAUAGUCUCCCAGAGCUGCGAAGUAGCACUCAGCAUGCUUGAAUAUGAGAGAUCAGGGAAGGCCUUUGAGUUUUUGUUCCCGCAGACUCCUCAGGUGCAGCAGGAGUCCUAAGUGAGUUGUGAAAGUGUGAACUGAGAGCGAGAGGCAGGCUGGAAUGUGUCUAAUCCUGUAAUCCAAACCUUAUACCAGUCUACCUUGAAUUGAUAUGUUCGUCAAAAGGAUUUACUGAUCAAUCUCUGGGCUCUCAUUCUAGGAAGAAAAGAGAAUGUGUUUUCUUUGAGUACCAACUAGACUAGGUGCUUAAUGAUCCUAUUAACGCAUUGUUUUUUUUUAA